AUGCAGGUUUCCAGCCUCAAUGAGGUGAAGAUCUACAGCCUGAGCGCCGGAAGGAGCCUCCCGGAGUGGCUCUCAGACAGGAAGAAAAGGGCUUUGCAGAAGAAAGAUGUGGAUAUCCGUAGAAGAAUUGAACUUAUUCAAGACUUUGAAAUGCCAACAGUUAGCACAAAGAUUAAGGUAUCAAGAGAUGGACAGUAUAUUAUGGCAGUUGGAACUUACAAGCCAAGGAUCCGCUGUUUUGAUACCUAUCAGUUAUCCCAGAAAUUUGAAAGAUGCUUAGAUUCUGAAGUGGUUACAUUUGAGAUUUUAUCAGAUGAUUACUCAAAGAUCGUCUUCUUGCAGUGUGGCAGGUUUGUGGAGUUCCAUUCACAACAUGGCCAUUACUACAGGACAAGAAUACCAAAGUUUGGUAGAGAUUUCUCUUACCACUAUCCAUCAUGUGACCUGUAUUUUGUAGGAGCAAGCUCUGAAGUGUACAGGCUAAACCUGGAGCAAGGACGGUUCCUCAACUCCCUGCAGACGGAGGCUGCAGAGAUUAAUGUCUGUGACAUAAACCCUGUACACUUCCUGUUUGCUCUGGGGACGGCUGAGGGUAAAGUGGAAUGCUGGGAUCCCAGAACAAGGACUCAAGUUGGGCUGCUGGACUGUGCUUUGAGCAGUGUGACAGCAGACACGGAGAUAGAGGGUUUGCCAUCCAUUUCAGCACUGAAAUUUGAUGGAGCUUUGAAUAUGGCUGUUGGAACAUCUACUGGGCAGGUUUUGCUGUAUGAUCUCCGGUCUAGCAACCCACUGAUAGUCAAAGAUCACCACUAUGGGCUGCCCAUCAAGUCAGUUCAGUUUCAGCCUCAGCUGGAUUUGAUUCUCUCUGCAGACUCUCGAAUCAUAAAGAUGUGGAACAAAGACACAGGGAAGAUAUUUACUUCAAUGGAGCCAGAACAUGAUAUCAAUGAUGUCUGCCUGUAUCCAAACUCAGGAAUGCUGAUGACUGCCAAUGAAGCCCCUAAAAUGAAUAUCUAUUAUAUACCAGUUUUAGGACCUGCCCCAAAGUGGUGUUCAUUCUUGGACAACUUGACUGAAGAACUGGAAGAGAAUCCGGAGAGCACAGUUUAUGAUGAUUACAAAUUUGUUACCAGAAAAGACCUUGAAAAUUUAGGCCUUGCUCAUCUCAUCGGUUCCUCUUUGCUCAGAGCAUACAUGCAUGGCUUUUUCAUGGACAUAAGACUUUAUCAUAAGGCAAAAAUGAUGGCAAAUCCCUUUGCCUAUGAAGAAUACAGAAGAGAAAAAAUCAGGCAGAAGAUAGAAGAAACACGUGCACAGAGAGUUCAGCUAAAGAAACUUCCAAAAGUCAAUAAAGAGCUUGCACUCAAACUGAUUGAAGAAGAGACUGAAGAACAGCAGGCUACUAGAAAAAGGAAGCAGAAGAACCUGCCCAGUCUUCUCAAAGAUGAUCGUUUUAAGGUCAUGUUUGAGAACCCAGAUUUCCAAGUGGAUGAGCAGAGUGAAGAAUUUAGGCUACUUAACCCCCUUGUUUCUAAAAUAAGUGAGAAAAGAAAGAGGAAACUAAAGAUCUUAGAGGAACUGGAAUCACAAGAACAGGAAGAGGAGGAAGAAGCAGAGGGAAAAGCAAGUGAUGCAGAAAGUUCUGAGAGUUCAGAUGAUGACAAAGGCUGGGUUGAAGAGGUCAGGAAACAGCGCAAGCUUCUGCACCAAGAAGAAAAAGUAAAGCAGAAGGAAAAGUUCAAGGAGGAUCAGGAAACAGUACUGAAACCUCAGUUUUUUGAGAUUAAAGAAGGAGAAGAAUUCAGAAGCUUCAAAGACUCUGCCAAAAAACAGAAGUUAAUGAAGAAAACUCUUGGAGAUCGUUUAAAGCUUGAAGAAAAGCUUGGCACGCUCAACGUGUCUGAUACCACAGUAGGCAGCAAACAGGCAACAUUCAAAUUAAAGAAGUCGGAGCAGCAGCGGAAACAACAGGAGGCUGAGAAGCAGCAUCGGCAGGAGAGGAAGAGUCUGCGGCGCUCUGCCAGCCAUCUCAGGAGCAAGCGUGGAAGGGGACGCCUGUUCUGUUGAUUUGUUCUCUUUGGUGGUUGGCUUUUGCCAGGAACUCUUCAUGUGAAAGAGGGACUUCUUCAAAUUGGG